AUGGGGGGUGUGGGCAAGACCACACUCUUGAAAAAAAUCAAUCAUUCAUUGUCAGAUGAUGAUGCAAACAUGGGAUUUGAUCAUGUGCUGUUUAUCGAAUCUUCACAAAAUACUCAGUUGGAAGAACUUCGGAAAGAGAUUGCUAAACAAUUGCAUUUGUCCCCUGAUUCUGCUGGUCAACAAGACAUCUUCAAAGCCCUGAAAACUAAGAACAUUGUAUUGCUCUUGGAUAAUAUAUGGAAGCCAGUAAACCUUGUUGGUCUUGGAAUUAUCAAUCCUUAUAUGGACGAUAAUGGUUCUACCAAACCAUACAAAUAUAAAGUGAUGUUCACUACUCGGUCAGAAGAUGUGUGUGCCCGGAUGGAGGCAAGCAAAAGAAUUAAAGUGGAAUGCAUGGAACCAGAUGAAGCAUGGGCUCUUUUCAAGCACAAUGUUAAUCAAGCAGUUAUUGAGUCAGAUGAAAAGUUGAAAGAAAAAGCUUGGCAAGUGAUGGAGAAGUGUGGUGGUUUGCCACUUGCUCUGCAAGUGGUCGGUAAGGCCAUGUCUAACAGAAAUACUGUCCAAGAGUGGGAUGAUAUUUUGAGCUCACUAAAAAUUUCAGGUAUUGAAGGUGGGCAGAAAUCAUUACUUCAGAUUUUGAAAUUCAGUUAUGAUAAUCUACCUAGAAAUAUUCAGGAGUGUUUCUUGUGUGCUUCCAUUUUGCGAUGGUCAUAUUUUAAAGUUGAUUGGUUGGAAUUAUGGAUGGGUUUAGGCCUGGUUGGUAAUUUUGACAAUUUACAGCAGGCUUAUCGUACAGCAAGGCAGAUCUUUAAUUAA